GUUUGGUCUCUAUAUCUCGCAGGCAGUGUGUUUUAUUGAAGGUUUUGUUCUUGCUCCUCUGUCUCUGAAAGGCGGCUACAGAUCCGACAAUGCCUAAGCAAAUCCACGAGAUCAAGGACUUCCUUCUGACAGCAAGAAGGAAAGAUGCUAGAUCAGUGAAGAUCAAGAGAAGCAAAGACAUUGUCAAGUUCAAGGUCAGAUGCUCAAAGUACCUCUACACUCUCUGCGUCUUUGACCAAGAGAAAGCCGACAAGCUUAAGCAGUCUCUUCCUCCAGGUUUGAGCGUGCAAGACCUUUGAAGAUGAGAAAAUGGAGCCUUUUGCUAUGAUGAAUCCUGAUGAGUUUUUGUUUGUUUAAACUAUGUUCAAACAUUUUAUGAGUUUUGAGUAGGUUGUCUUUUUUUUUGUUAUAAAAAGUUGAAUACAAUUAUCGCUCUCGAUUGAAUAUUUAAAAUUACUUAUUAGUUCGA